UGUAACCGCGCGAUGUGAGCGAGUGUGCGACCCUAGUGAAUCAAGUGCGGCGUUCGAAUCGGAUUACACGAUGUCCCCGACGUCUAGAGGACUUUAACGAACUUAGCGAGUAAUGACCGAAACGAAGCGGUCAAUAGUCAUAGUCACAAUUCAUUCAUUCCUUUUUUUUCUCGUUUUUUCUCCUCUUGGGGAGAACUCACAACAUUGUUCUAGUUUACAUUAUACAAUCGGAAAGAGAGAUAAAUACAGUAUGCCUCCCUUAGCGUCGCAAUUACGGCGCGGGAUAAAGUGUGGCACGAGAGUAAACAACGACGAGUGAUCAUCAUGAGAACUUAAUCAAGGGACCUCCGGGUGGCCUCAACGUGUUUGGACGCUCUCGAGGACGAGCGCGAGGUAGCGUGGGCGAGUGAUAAUGAAAACCUGCGGGCCGAGCUCUAUUAUUACCGCGCAUCACUCCAGCGCAUAGGUGUCGCGCCGACAGGCGCCUGGGGCGACACUGCCUCACGUGAGACAACGUUGCCGAACGAGAAAGGAGUAGUGCGUUUCGGGUCUCGGCAAGAGAGGACACGUAUGGCCUUGAGGUUCCGGUUGUGUGUGCGACAAGGACACGUAGUGAGUGGGUCGUAUCUGGGUGUGGGUGGCGGUUCCGUGGCACCGACGGUUUGUCCGACGGUAUUCGCUAUGUGCAAAGGGGCGUCAAAGUGGGGGAAUAAGACUCACAGCGCUCGGGGUGGUCACAUCGUGCGAUUUUUGCACUUAAGUUUGACGUUAUUUGUCAUUGCAAGAGUAUCAAAUAUCAUUUUAAGUGUUAUAAUGGCAUCAAAAAAGGUACCCGGGUGUACUUGUUGCGUAGUUGGUUGCAAGAACAAUUCAUUGAAUGCACCAGACACGCAUUUUUACGUAUUUCCGAGUGCGCCGCACAAAAAGCCUCAACGAGAUAAGUGGAUCAAAGCGGUUAACAGAAAGAGUUUGGAUAGCUCUGAAUGGCGACCAAAAAAGCACACUCGCAUUUGUAGUCAACACUUCAUAGGCAGUAAUAAAUCGGACCAUCCGUUGAGUCCAAGUUUUGUUCCAUCAAUCUUUCCAAAUUCCCAAAAUGGAAAAAAUGAAGAAAAAACUUUUGCAAGCGCAGUACGAAGGUUUGAUCGGAGUCUUCGACGUCAGAUAAAAUCAAGAAGCAAGCAAUCUUCCAAUCCAAGAGCGGAAGGAUCCGGAACCCAGAAUUUUGAAAAUGAAGAGUUAUCACUAUCAAACAAGCUGAGCGAUCAUUCAACAUCUUUGCGAACGGAUCAAGAAACUCAAGUAGAUUUUCUGGAGCUGUCGUCUACUUCUUUUACAUUUGUGUAUAAUCAUCAUGCAUCAACAAAACCCUAUUGCAGCGAAGCUGGAGUACAAGUUAGCAUCCCGCUGGUUAUAAGUAAACAAAAUUACAGUUCCGCUGGGAAAGAAAAGAAGGAUUCAUGUUGUGGAACCGAUAUAGUUCAGAAAGAUGUUUGUGUCGGACCAGACACUGUAAAUAAAAAUCUGCAAGUAAAAUGUGAUUCAGGGUUCCAUGGAUUUUCUUCUAUCACCAGCAAUCAAGAGUUACUUGAUCUCGCUGGUGUAACAUUUGACACUUUUAAUUUAUUGUUAAAAGUUUUAGAGCAGAACCGAUUGAAUAAUCCAAAAAUACUCAACGAUUCAAGAACACCAUUGAGGGAUCAGCUAUUGAUUUUUUUAUUAAAAAUGAAAUGUGGGAUUACAUUCUCGGCAUUGAGUGUUCUUUUUAAGGUGCAUAGAACCACGGCUUCUAGAAUUUUUUUCUUCCUUUUACGUCAUUUAGCCCAUUCUUGUAAAAAUUUUGUGAUUUGGCCCUCUAAAAAAAUUGUGCAGUCCACAAUGCCUACGGAUUUUAAAGAAAAUUACGGAAACUGUCGCGUUAUCAUUGACUGCACAGAGUUCAGAGUAGAACAACCUUGUACAGUUGAACAUCGUGUACACUUGUAUUCACAGUAUAAAAAGGGUUUCACAGUAAAAGUUUUAAUUGGAUGUACACCCGGCGGCUACAUUUCAUUUGUCUCGAAAUGUCAUGGAGGAAGAACGACUGAUGCGCAAAUAACCACUGGAAGUGAAUUUUUAGAAUUACUCGAACCAGGUGAUGUAGUUUUAGCUGACAAGGGCUUCCCAGGAGUAAAAACAGCAUUAGAUGCAAGUGGCAAAGGAACAUUACUUGUAAUGCCACCGUUUCUCCAUAACAAUCAUUUUUCUGCUGAAGAAGUUGCUGAAACGUAUAAAAUCGCUCGCCACAGAAUUCAUAUCGAGCGGAUUAUGCAAAGAAUUAGGAUAUACAAAAUAUUGGACAAAUUGUCUUUGAGAAUGCUACCGCAUUGUGACGACAUAGUUUUCAUGUGUUGUGUCUUGGUUAAUUUACAGCCUCCGAUUUUGAAACCAAGUGACGAUGAAGAAACUCUUCAAAAGUAAAAUUUCGUGUAAUAAUAAUUGACAAUAAUAUAAUUGUCAAACAUGUUAAAUUUCAUGACGAAUUGUAAAUACAUUAAAAAAAAAAUACAAACAGUUGUUGUUCAAUAAACUCCGGAUGUUUUUCUUGUACCAACGCGAUUUCUUUAAUUUUAUUGCAUGUUAUUUCAUGUUACAGCAAAGUCUUUGGUUAGUUACUCAGUAACAGAUUACAAAAAAUACGAAAAACCGAAAUAAUUUUGUUGCAUUAUAUCACUAGAUUUUUGAAUGUAUGCAUAAUACUUAUUCUGAACUAUUUUCUCAUCACAGUUCAAGCCUUACACAUUAUAUAAAUAAAACUAUCAGGUAAUAUUUUUCUCUCAUAUUGAACUUUCUAAAAAUAUAUCUUUGGGUGAUACAAUAUAAAUAUUUUUGUUUGGUUUGAUAACAGCUUUACGUCGAGAAAUGAAGCUAUUUUGGGUUGAUAUUUUCUUUGUCGCUUUCACACAAUUUUUGUAAAUAGUGGUUGAAGUAAAAUGAAUGUAGUUUCGGUAUCAAACCUUUUAAAAAGGAAUCAUCUCUUGACACAGGAACAACACAACCUUCCUUUGGUGACCAUACAAACAAAUCACAAUGUGACAAUCCUGUUACGUACAUUUGCAUUUGGCACUGUGUAUAGUAUUGGUGUGUUGAUUUCAAUUCUACGUUAUUAUUCACAUCAACCAAAUAUGGGACAUUGAAAGUGUUUAAGAUUUUAUCAUAAACGGGUACAUUUUUGCACGAAUAAGGACACUUGAUCUCUACUAAUUUCGUUAUACAUCCAUCUUCUAUCACAACUCCGUCAGGAGACGCACUUAACCAUGGCUGAGCCUGUAAAACAACUGUACCAAUGAUUAAAACCUGAACAUUUAAUAAUGUUUCAUAAUGCUCUCGAGCAAUUUUUUCCAUUUUUUGGCCAUAUUGCAUCGCGGCGUACGAUUUAGUGUGAACUACAUUUAAAAAAGCCUCUAUCAUCUUAACAAGAUUGCGUUUUGUUCGUGUUUUGAUUGCGUGAGCUUUACUACUCGCAGUUAUUCUGAGUUUUCUAGCCAUGAACCAAUCAAAGCAAUUGCUUUGAUCAACAGUUCUAAUGCACAGCUCAAUGAUUUCUUGUUGACUUAAUUGAAUAUAUUUUUCAUAAAAAGAUUUCACUGCGAUGCUUGAAAAGAAACAUUCUUGGACGUAUAAUUCACUCUCUUCUGCAAAUAUGAUUAAAUUCAUAACGCAAGUUUCCCAAGAUAGCUCAUUAUUUAAUGAAGUUAACCGAGUUACGUUACAUAACAUCGUUUUCUCAUUAAUCGCAUUGUCUUUCAGACGCUCUUCAGCGGCUAAGAUCAAACCCAAUGCACAAGGGUGCGUUACAUCGGAUAAUUGCACUACAUACGGAGAAGCGUCUACUAGUUUCAUGACGUUUUUAGUUUUAAACUGCUCCGUGAUGAUAAUUCCUUUCGCAUACAUUUCUUUCCCGAGUUGAUUUCUCGAAGGCCUUCCCCAUUUUUGGUUCAAGCUCGUUUGUGUUGCACUUCGAUCCGAAUUAAUAUAACAUAUCAAAGCGCAAAUAUGUUUACAUUUUUUCCCAGCGGCUGAUACACAAUCGCACUCGACGUUUGUUAUAUUGCGAUUAUUGUCAAUCUAAAAAAAAAUAAGUAUUUAUGAGCGUGCGAAUUAGCUGUAAGAAAUAUAAAAUUAGCAAUUAGCAUUAGCAAAUAUCUGUUAAUGAGAUGUAAAUGCGAGUAUAUAAAUAAAAAAGUUUAACAUUAGGAAUAUCAUUUUCAAGUAAUAUUAUAUAGUGAAUAAAUCAGGAAUUUAGAAGAAAUAUCUUACCUCUAAUUGCACCUUAUAUGGAGGUAAAGUAACAGAAGUCUGGCGGAUUACGUUACACCGUAUGAUGGAUGAAUUUAUUUCGUGGUAGAAACAUUCUUCCACCUGGACCACGUGCGUUGAUGUGAGGGCAGAACCUUUUUUUAAUGUUGCUGGAUUAAAGUCGAUAUAAUGUUUGAUUGUCUGGAACCCUAUCCGUAGACAUAAAUCCAUGACUAAGUAGCUGCAGACACACAUCGAGGUUAUGGUUAGCUGUCAAUAUUCAAUAAGCAAAAAUCACAUGAAAGCAGCCCUUGAAAAGCAAAAAAGGUACUUACUUUUUUUAUUGAAAAGUGCCAGAAUCUUUUUUGUUUUACUAAUUUGCUUGACAUUCACUACUUUUUUAAAUAUUGCACUCUAAAUAUUUAUUUGCUCAAUUUCCCCAUACAAACGAACGCAGUGGCCGGCGUUACGAAAGUAUACAUAAUUCUCACAACUGCCACUAGCAGCGCUGCCCUCCCUUUGCACAUAGCGAAUAGGCUGUGUACCUGUUGCAUUAGGGCCACGCGCUCGGUAUACUGACUCUAAAUAGUGUACGCGUCUGUGUGACCGUCCGCCAUCUUGCGAAGCGCCGAGUCGCCACGCGGUACGCGAGGCGUCUUCUCCGAUUCACAUCGCAGCUCCGAUUCUCUCUCUCUCGCGAUGAAAUUCUACUAUGUCAUCUAGGCAUUCUAAUCCAACCUUUAUAUUAUGUAAUUUAGCAAAUAAACUACUGAUUUUCACGUA